AAAAAAGGAGAGCUCCCAACUCUAUUUUCUCGACCAAACACUAAUUUAGAAUGCCGUGGUAUUCUUAGAGGCGAAAUUGUCGGGAAAUCUUCUCAGCGGCAGGUAGAGCAGGUACCUGAAGUUACUCAGUGGAACUUUCAUUUUUUUCAUGUUUCGGCGUUUGAGUUCCAGUUCACCUGUGUCAAAGAAAGUGAAUCAUGUGGUUCUUUGUUUUACUAGUUUGCUUUAAUUGUGUUUUCGCUCAAGGCAACAAUUUUUGCAAAGAACCUAACGGAAUAUAUGAGGAUCCUGAGCAAUGUGACAAAUACUAUGAGUGUUAUGAUGGCGAAGCAAUAGAAAGGCUUUGCCCAGAUGGACUUGUGUUUGAUUUUUCCCUUCGCAAAAAGGAACCGUGUGACCACUACUUUAAUGUUCCUUGUGGGAACAGAUUGAAACUUCAAACUCCUCGAGGCACUACUGAAUUUUGUCCUCGAUUGAAUGGAUUUUAUGCACAUCCUGACGAGACCGAAUGCCGUAUAUUUUACUCUUGCAUCGAUGGAGUAGCGGAAAAGGUUGAAUGCCCCGUUGGCCUGUAUUUCGACGAAUUUUCAGGAACAUGCAAUUGGCCCGAGGGUACUGAUCGUCUUAAUUGCAAAAAUGAGAAGGUUGAUGAUGAGAUUGGCUUUCGAUGCCCAGAUCUUGACAUUGAAGGCAAAGGAUCCUUUGGAGUUGUUGAUCCCCAUCCAAAGUACGCAGAUCCCACCGAUUGUGCCAAAUUUUACAUUUGUUUGAAUGGCGUUUCUCCAAGGAUUCAAGGUUGCGAGAAGGGGCUAGUUUUUAAUACGGAGACUAAUGAGUGUGACUCGGCUGAAAAUGUCCCAGAAUGCAAAGAUUACUACAAGUUUUUAGAUGAAGAGAACAAUCCAUCCAUCGAGUAGUUGAUAAAAAUAUCUUAUAUGUACUUCAGCACAGAAUAAAAACAGAUUGGCAACUUG